UAAAGGACAAACAAACUGCAAGCAAAGCACCCUGAGAGUUUGGGUCAAGAGGACACACUCUGAAUUCUAAGAGCCUGGGUAAAGAAGCUGAAGCAAGAACUCUAGGAGUGGGGCAGUACCCUUUCAAGGGCAAGGCAUACAUAACCCUAGUCUCUGAAGCCCUGCCCACGUCUGGCCAAGCUUUAUCAAAGGAGACUGUAGAGCUCAGGACCUGAGUUCAUUUCUCCCACUCCACAGUCAUAAGCCCUUGAAUUUGUGAGGCCCUACCCUCCAGCUGAUAUUUUGAGUCUUAUUUGGUCAACCUUCAAGGAGACGAGUAGCUCCUCCAUUUGAGUGUCCACGAGGACUUGAAGCUCUCAUGGCUGAAAACGAGUUCACCAAGAUGUCAUCAUUUCCCCAAACAACUGAGGAACUUUCAAACUUUUUACAGGGUUUCUUUGAUGUCAGUGAGGGACAGGACAUAACCUCAAGUGAUUUCCACCAAGAACCAUGCUUUCCUCAGCCUGUCAAAGAUAUGCUAGUGUAUAGAGAUAUGAUGUUGUCUCCUGAGGAAUAUCAGCCUUUUAAAGGGUACCAGGUGACAAACCAUGAAGACCAGAUAAACCACUAUGGACAGAUGAGUUUGUUCAGCAGUAGCAGUCAGGAAAAUAUCCUGGGUGGUGAGUACACUCCCAGUGGGUAUCAGACAUCUGCUUACAUAGGCAACCAGGAUCUCUGUAUGGAUACUCCAAAGACUAGUCCAGCUGGUAGCCAGCCUAUCUAUGACUGUGAGAUGGAACCUACUGGACUUGACUUGACUCAUCUAUGGAGCAGGAAUACAACAUUCAAUACAGAAGCCAACUUGUCUCACUAUCAGGAAGCAACUGCCAGUAUUGAAGAUCCUUCCUACUUGUGUCAGAUGAAGACAGCCUCUGUAGAUGAGAAUUUCUUCUCAAGUCAAAAGCCAUUACCCAAUAGUGAAGGAAGUCACAGUUCUCAGAUGACUUCAUCUGCUAACCAAACCCCAUAUGUGGGCCUAUCCAUGCAUCCCUCCAGUUCCUCUGUGAGUCAAAGUCAAGCUCUGGAUCACUUUUCAGUUUCUACUUCUGUCCAGGGACAGCUUCCUCAAGAGAAAUCAGACUUGGAGCCUGACAGCCAUGUGACCCAGGAGAAGCCUCCCACUUUGAAGUUCUUCUUCUGUCCCUACAAGGAUUGUGAGAAAUCUUACAAAAAGUCUUACCAUCUUAAAGACCACAUCAAGAAACACUGUGGAGAGAAGUCCUUUGUGUGCAAUGAGCCUGGAUGUCAGUGGAGAUUUUUCUGCUCAGAAGAUCUCCGAAGACACCAGAGAAAGCACAGUGGGGAGUGUCUCUUUCCUUGCUACAAGUGCAGCAAGAAUUUUUCCAGACUGAAUUACCUCAAGCAACAUCAGAAAAUCUGUACUCAAGCUCUACCUAGCCCUGGAAACUGACUGUCCACAAGCAAUAUAUUCAUGAAUAACACUAUUUUUUUCUAUCCAAAAUAAUGCCAAAAUCAACUGUUUGCUAAUAUUGCUUGG